CAGAGGAGGACCAUGGGGCCUGAGAACCAGAGCAGCGUGUCCGAGUUCCUCCUCCUGGGGCUCCCCGUCCCGCCAGGGCAGCAGGGCGCGUUCUUCGCCCUGUUCCUGGGCAUGUACCUGACCACGGUGCUGGGCAACCUGCUCAUCCUCCUGCUCAUCAGGCUGGACUCCCGCCUGCACACGCCCAUGUACUUCUUCCUCAGCCACCUGGCCCUCACUGAUGUCUGUUUCUCAUCUGUCACUGUCCCUAAGAUGUUAAUGAGCAUGCAAACUCAGGAUCAAUCCAUUCCCUAUGCAGAGUGCAUAGCACAGAUGUAUUUUUUCAUAUUUUUUACUGACCUGGACAGCUUCCUUCUCACCGCAAUGGCAUAUGAUCGGUAUGUGGCCAUCUGUCACCCCCUCCACUACAUGACUAUCAUGAGAGAGGCACUGUGUAUCUUACUAGUCGCUGCGUCCUGGAUCCUCUCCUGUGCCAGUGCCCUGUCCCACACCCUUCUCCUGGCCGAGCUGUCCUUUUGUGCUGACAACACCGUCCAUCAUUUCUUCUGUGACCUCGGUGCCUUACUCAAGCUGUCCUGCUCAGACACAUCCCUCAAUGAGUUGGUCAUUUUCACAGUAGGAGUGGCUGUCAUUACUCUCCCCCUAAUAUGCAUCUUGAUCUCUUAUGGCUGCAUUGGGGCCACCAUCCUGAAGGUUCCAUCUACCAAGAGCAUCUGCAAAGCCUUGUCCACGUGUGGCUCCCACCUCUCAGUGGUAUCUCUUUAUUAUGGGACAAUUAUUUGGCUCUAUUUUUUUCCCUCAUCUAGCACCUCCAGUAACAAAAAUAUAAUUGGCUCUGUGAUGUACACAGUGGUCACUCCACUGCUCAACCCUUUCAUUUACAGCCUAAGGAACAGGGACGUGAAGGGGGCCCUGGAGAAACUCUUCAACAGGGCAACAGUUUUGUCUCAAUGA